GAGGCGGUGUAGUUCUCGGUGGGGGGGUCUGCUGCUCCUCCUGUCCUCCUAUCUACUGUGUGUCCACUCGGAGGUGGAGCAGCCGCAUCAGCGGCAGGUGGUGGAGAGUGCCGCGCACGUGACCUCUCACGGUCACCUGGACAGAAACAUGGUCCAGGACAAAGACCACAUCAUGGAGCAUUUAGAGGGAGUGAUAGACAAACCGGAGACGGACAUGACGCCACAGGAGCUUCAGCUGCACUACUUCAAGAUGCACGAUUAUGACGGCAACGACCUGCUGGACGGGCUGGAGCUGGCCACAGCCAUCUCACAUGUGCACAGAGAGGAGAGAGGGGAGCACAGCCAGCCAAUGAAAGAGGAGGACCUCAUCGUCCUUAUCGAUGAUGUUCUUAAGGACGACGACAAAAACAAUGACGGGUAUAUAGAUUAUGCAGAGUUUGCCAAAUCACUGGAGUGAGGUAUCUGAAAUUCUUCAUGUCAACAAGAACAACAACAACAACGGCAAGGAAUCUGCAGAGAGGGGAGAGAGCUGAGGAGCUGCCACCUGGGAUUUAAUUUAUUAAGUAACAAAAAAGAAGGGGGGGAAAACAAAAUGGCGUGAUGCGAGUCUGACUGGUGAACACUUGCAGGGACAUUUCUUUGUAGAUUCCUUGAAAUCAUGCCUUUUUUUGAGAGUCAGUUCAACCAAUAUCACUAACACACACAGUUUAUAUUAACCCCUGGUGGGUUUCUAACCACAGAUACAUACCCUCAUUGUAUAUGAUACAAAACAGUUAAAUGCGGGAAACCAUUAUUUUAAGAGCUGAAACUGCAUUUUCUCUCAUUUAUGUGUUGAAAAAUGACAUAACUUUAAUUUGAUUAUAAAAAUAGAUUGCUAUUUUUUUUUCUAGAGACUACUGCUUGUAAAAGUCUGAUACAAUUAAAGCCCAAUACUUUCAUUUAGUACUAGUAAAACUAUCAAUAACACAGUGGCAAAUGACAGCCAAAACUUCUUGCAUUGCUACUAAAGGGAAAUGAGAGAAUUUAUGUUGUAAUUUUGGCUGAAUUGGCCCUCUUACAUACAGGACCUCUAUAGUGUGUGUCCUUCUUUGAGGGGUACAACACAUUUAUAACACGAGCAAACACACCCUCGCUGUGUGACGCUCACCAUGGUGGACCAAAGAUUCCUUCUGUGAAUCACAUGUGUGUGUGUGUGUGUGUGUGUGUGUGUGUGUGUGUGUGUGUGUGUGUGUGUGUGUGUGUGUGUGUGUGUGUGUGUGUGUGUGUAAAACUUUGCAGAACUGAUGAGGUUAGUUUAUUUUUGAGGUUGCUCGCUAGGCACCAAAUAUAGAUGAUUUUCUGUGGCUAUAGCUCCAUGACAAUUACGGAAGCCCUGAGAGGCAAAUGAAGGAGCCAAGAAAUUGUUUUUGCCUGCAUAAAAUUAUAUCGCAUAUGUUUAUUUUCCUCUCCUUCUAUGAAACAGUUUGGGGGAAAAGGCUUGGCAAGGUGAAAAAAAACUCUGGCAAGGAUAAUUUGAGUUACUUUAAAAAAUGUGUGAAAACGGAUGGAAAAACGUUUUUGUCAGCUAAGUUUUUGGUUUUUCUCUAGAAUCAAGUGGAAUCAAGAUUUUGAUGACCACACUUUGGAUUUAGUUUGCCACACAUGAAUAUUUGUUUUCUCUUUUAAAACAUUGAGUUGUGGUGCCCUUUUGUGGCCAAAAUAAGUAUUACAAUGACAAACACGCACAAAAAAAUCAGCUUGCAAAACUUUUUUUCUCCAACUGUCGUAAUACAAUGAAGGAUCUUAGAAAUAUUAUCCCGGCCAAACCGUAUGUUUCAUCUGUGUUAAAGUAAUCAAAUCAUAGAGCAACAAUCAGUACAUAAAUGGAUCACUCAUUUUUUUUCUUUCACUUGCCUCUUAUAACUUCUGUAUAAUAGCAUAAUAAAUAUAUGAGCCAAUCACAAUCCUCUUCACUGUAGCCAGCUGAUACUUGACAUAAGUCUCACAGAGUGAAUGUAAAGCAGCAGCGCCAUACUGCUGCUCCUUCAUCACUGGAUAAGCUCCACUCAAAGCACACUGGUUGAUGCAGCUGUUUAGAAAUCGGACAGAUUUCCAGUAAAAAUCAUUAGCUGCCUUUAAAACAGAAACAGAUCAAACAUGUCAGGUCUGUGUGUGUGUCGAUCUUUAUGGAAUCCAUCUUUUUUUGAUGGAUAAAUGAAUUCUAUAUUGUGUCAUCCAGUAUUGAUUCAUCAAUCAAUAUAUCAAAAAAAAUGUGUUGUCUUUGAAAUGUGAGAUAUUAAAAAGUAUCAUCUAAA